GGAGCGGAGCCAGUCCCAUCCCGGGAGGAGCGGUGUCAGCCCCGGAGCCUCCGCCCCUCCAUGGCCGCCAUGGCCGCUCCGCCGCCCGCCGAGCCCCCGGUGCCCCCCGGYCGGUGCCKCCCGUCGCUGCUCGCCGUGGAGCCGCUGCUGUUCCUGGCCACCGUGUCGCUGGGGCUGCAGGGUCCCCUCGCCACGCAGUACCUGUGGGACCGGCUGGGAGCCGAGCACGGCUACAGCGACCGCAACGGCACCGACUCGGCCGGGUGCGGGGACGGCAACGCCACCGCUGAUCCCCUGCGGCAGGAGGUGGAAGCCCUGGUGUCCCACUGGAACCUCUACAUCAACCUGGGGGGUUUCUUCGCGAGCCUGUUCUCCGUGACUCUCUUCGGCCCCUGGAGCGACAGCGUGGGCCGGCGGCCGGCGCUCAUCCUGCCAACGGCGGGCAUGGCCCUGCAGACGGCCAUCUACCUGCUGGUCAUGUACCUGGAGCUGCACGUCGCCUUCUUCCUGCUGGGACGCAUCCUGAGCGGCCUCACCGGCGACUACAACCUGAUCCUGGCCAGCUGCUUCUCCUACGUGGCCGACGUCAGCGAGCGGCGCGCKCGGACAUUCCGGGUGGCCAUCCUGGAGGCCUGCCUGGGCACCGCGGGCAUGGUGGCCAGCAUCRGCGGUGGCCAGUGGCGCAAGGCCCAGGGCUACAUCAACCCCUUCUGGCUGGCCUUCGCUUCCAGCCUCGCCGCCACCCUGUAYGCCGCUCUCUUCCUGCGCGAGUCGGUGAAGGAGAAGAAGGCGGCCAAGCUGUUCACGCUCAGCCACUACAAGGCUGUGUACAGGCUCUACACCGCCCCGGAGCGCCCCAGCUCCAGGUGGAAGCUGGUUCUGUACUCCCUGGCUUUCUUUCUGAUUGUCACAGUGCAUUUCGGAGCCAAGGACAUCUAUGUUCUGUACGAGCUCGGCUUUCCUCUCUGCUGGACUUCCGACCUCAUCGGUUACGGCUCGGCCGCCAGCUACCUGGCUUACCUGAGCAGCCUGGUGGGGCUGAGGCUGCUGCAGCUCUGCCUUGAGGACACCUGGGUGGCAGAGAUAGGGCUGAUCUCCAACAUCGCUGGCAUGGUGGUGAUUUCCCUGGCGACCACAACGGCGCUGAUGUUUACAGGUUAUGGGAUUCUGUUCCUUUCCAUGGCAGCCACUCCAGUCAUCAGAUCCAAGCUCUCCAAGCUGGUCAGUGAGACGGAACAGGGUGCUCUCUUCGCUUCUGUUGCCUGCGUGGAAGGGCUGUGUUCGCUGGCGGCGACGGGAGUGUUCAACUCCCUCUACCCGGCCACCUUGCACUUCAUGAGGGGAUUCCCAUUUCUCUUCGGGGCUAUARUCCUUCUCAUUCCAGCAGCUAUCCUUGGGGGGAUACAAAUCUGGGAUUCCAAACAUGACUACAAYGACUUCCAAGAUGCUUCCCUGUCCCCUGCAAAAGACUGAAUUUAUCAACAAGGAACCGGCCAGCACGGCAGUGUCCACCUGAAGUGGACAAAGUGGACAAAAAAUUGCACUUUAUUCUUCCCCCAAAGGACAGAUCAGUGUGGCAGGGACACCCUGCUUGUCCUUACUAACUCUUAAAUGCCAAACAGUUGGAAAUCAGAGGAGGAGCUCGAUUUGGAGCUGUGAGUGCCUCCUCAGUGUUGUGUUGGCUCAUCUGUCAGAGCRAACCCAAGAGACCCCAAAGCCAAUCAAGCUGCUGUGGGCCUUUUGCAAGGCUGAUUCACGGUUUGGUGUGGCCAGGAGGCUCUGCCAUGCUUUUAGUGGGGAGAGAGGACUGAGUUCUGGUUUAAUUGCCAGGCAUUUUCCCCUCUGAGUAGCACAGAGUGCAGCAGAUGAGCUGUGUGAGGGUGAGGCAGUGUCCUGCUGCACAAGGGAAGAUCUGUGCUCCAGAUCAUCGCAUUGCCAGUAAAAACCCUACAAAUGUGACAUGCCACAAAAAUCCCUAUGGGGAGGGGUGGUUUAGCACAGGGGUGCUAUUGCUGUCCUUARUGACCAAACCAGUGUUAGAUUUGAAAGUCAGAGGUGUCCCAGGGAGGGGAUCUCAUCAUUGAAGUGUUUGUAGGAAUUCCAGUGGGGUGUCCUGCCUGUCUGCAGCUCAGCCCAGGAUCUCACAGGUGUUUUUUGGGAAAUAACAGAUCACCUGAGAAUACUGCAGUGCCAGUGGAAUGAAUCCUGGGUUGGGAGGGGACCCACAGGGAUCAUUGAAGUGACUCCUGUACGUGCCUUAAUUGACCCUUGCCAAACCUGAUGAACCUAAGGCUAAAAUUGUYCAAAUUGUUCCCCCCUUACACUGCAAAACUGAGCCCCAGCCMCGUGAAAUCCCUGCUGUGCUUACCCAGAGCCCAUCCUCAGCAAGCUGAUGUGAGAAACAGGAACAGUGACUUGAAGAUUAAUUUUUUUUUUUUUUUGUUAUAUAUGGCAUAAUUUUGUGUUGAUGACCUCAGUCCUUCUGCCUGGCUUGGGAUCUGUUGAUUCCAGCAAGCCAACCCCAUGUCCAUGGUGCUUAUAAUUGUUCUUUUGAAGCAUUGCCUGUGCUGCUGCAAUCCUUUUUUUUUCUAUUCACCGUGCCAUAAACCAGCAGUUCUGUGUACACUGCACUGCACACGCUGUUCAGGUACAGGCAGUAAUGACUUUACUGUUACUUUCAGAAUGAAUAAAACCUCCGUGCUCUUUUAUGGUUCAUAAAA